CCCACACCACAUUUCCGAUCGGAGCUCACCCAGCCCGCCAUGGCCGCCAAGUGCUACCCGACCGUCAGCGAUGAGUACCUCGCCGCCGUCGCCAAGGCCAAGCGCAAGCUCCGCGGCCUCAUCGCCGAGAAGAACUGCGCGCCCCUCAUGCUCCGCCUCGCGUGGCACUCGGCGGGCACCUUCGACGUCGCCACCAAGACCGGCGGCCCCUUCGGCACCAUGAAGUGCCCCGCCGAGCUCGCGCACGGCGCCAACGCCGGCCUCGACAUCGCCGUCAGGCUCCUCGAGCCCAUCAAGGAGCUCGUGCCCAUCCUCUCCUACGCCGACUUCUACCAGCUCGCUGGAGUCGUCGCCGUAGAGGUCACCGGCGGGCCCGAGGUCCCCUUCCACCCGGGCAGACAGGACAAGCUUGAGCCACCUCCAGAAGGCCGUCUUCCCAACGCCACCCUAGGCUCUGACCACCUCAGGCAGGUGUUUUCCGCUCAGAUGGGUUUGAGCGACCAGGACAUUGUUGCUCUUUCUGGUGGUCACACCCUGGGAAGAUGCCACAAGGAGAGAUCUGGCUUUGAGGGACCCUGGACUGCCAAUCCUUUGAUCUUCGACAACUCUUACUUCACGGAGCUCCUGACCGGUGAGAAGGAAGGCCUUCUUCAGCUGCCAACUGACAAGGUCCUCCUGACUGAUGAGGCCUUCCGCCCAUUUGUGGACAAAUAUGCUGCGGAUGAGGAUGCUUUCUUUGCUGACUACGCUGAGGCUCACCUCAAGCUUUCCGAAUUGGGAUUCGGCGAGUACUCUGAGGGUUGCUGCUGAUUUGCGUUUUGGCCUGAACUCGGUAUGAAAAAGAAUGGAGGAGUGCAAUAAAAGAAAUUGUCGGCCUGGUGGCCAUGUGAUGUGCUGUCUGGAUUUGGUUUAGAUCAAAAUCGAUGGGGGUAUUUCAUUGUUUUGCUUUAUGCCUUGUCCUACGGGCGUAUUGUAGUUCGAACUAUGAAUUGUUCUGUAGUUCCUUUCCUGUUAUUCCCGAUCAUGGACGAAAUGAAAGUUUGUCUACCA